AUGAACGAGCUGCCCACUGCCGAGCAGAAGGCAGCCUUUGACCAGGAUAUCACGAUGCACACCCUGGUGCAUGAGCAGCUGAUUCAUUUCUACAAGGGCUUCAAGCAUGACGCGCAUCCCAUGGCCAUCAUGACCGGCGUGGUGGGAGCGCUCUCAGCCUUUGAGCCCUAUGCUGCAGACAUUGCAACAUCCAGGGGCUACCCCAUCAUCUACCCCCGCAAUGACCUCGACUAUGCCUCGCGCUUCCUGCAUAUGAUGUUUGCCUGGCCCACCCAGAAGUACGAGGUGGACCCGAUCCUGGCGCGCGCCCUGGAAAAGAUACUCAUUUUGUGA